CGGGGAUAAAUAGACCGAGCAGGCCUCGUGGGCGACAGAGUAAGCCGCCAUCCAGCUCCCCGCUGCCGUCAUGGUUUUCACCGCCGCCUGCGUUCUCUUGCUCACCCUGGCCGCCCUCGGCGCUUCUGGACAGGGCCAGAUCCCGCUGGGUGCAGACGUGGGUCCGCAGAUGCUGCGCGAACUGCAGGAGACCAACGCGGCGCUGCAGGAUGUGCGGGAGCUGUUGCGGCAGCAGGUCAAGGAGAUCACGUUCCUGAAAAACACUGUGAUGGAGUGUGACGCGUGCGGGAUGCAACCCGCUCGCACCCCUAGACUAACCGUGAGGCCCCUAAGCCAGUGCUCGCCCGGCUUCUGCUUCCCCGGCGUGGCUUGUACCGAGACGGCAAGCGGCGCGCGCUGCGGACCCUGCCCCGCAGGCUUCACGGGCAACGGCUCACAUUGCGCCGACGUCAACGAGUGCAGCGCCCAUCCUUGUUUCCCCCGCGUCCGCUGCAUCAAUACCAGUCCCGGCUUCCGCUGCGAGGCUUGCCCGCCAGGGUACAGCGGCCCCACCCACGAAGGCGUAGGACUGGCCUUCGCCAAGGCCAACAAGCAGGUUUGCACGGACAUUAACGAGUGUGAGACCGGGAAGCAUAACUGCGUCCCCAACUCUGUGUGCGUCAAUACGCCGGGCUCCUUCCAGUGCGGCCCGUGCCAGCCCGGCUUCGUGGGCGACCAGGCAUCAGGCUGCCGUCGGCGCCCACAGCGUUUCUGCCCAGACGGCACGCCCAGCCCCUGCCACGAGAAGGCUGACUGCGUCCUGGAGCGUGAUGGGUCGCGAUCGUGCGUGUGCGCCGUCGGCUGGGCGGGCAACGGGCUCCUCUGCGGCCGCGACACAGACUUGGAUGGCUUCCCUGACGAGAAGCUCCGCUGCUCCGAGCGCCAAUGCCGCAAGGACAACUGCGUGACGGUGCCCAACUCAGGGCAGGAGGACGUGGAUCGCGAUGGCAUCGGAGACGCCUGCGAUUCGGAUGCCGACGGGGACGGCGUCCUUAACGAGGAGGACAACUGCCCGCUGGUGAGGAACCCAGACCAGCGCAAUACGGAUGGCGACAAGUGGGGAGAUGCUUGCGACAACUGCCGGUCCCAGAAGAACGACGACCAGAAGGACACAGAUCAGGAUGGCAAAGGCGACGCCUGCGACGACGACAUCGACGGCGACCGGAUCCGCAACACAGUGGACAACUGCCCCAGGGUGCCCAACUCAGACCAGAAGGACAGUGAUGGCGAUGGUGUAGGGGAUGCCUGUGACAACUGUCCUCAGAAGAGCAACGCAGACCAGAGGGAUGUGGACCACGACUUUGUGGGAGACGCUUGUGACAGCGACCAAGACCAGGAUGGGGAUGGGCACCAGGACUCUCGGGACAACUGCCCCACAGUGCCCAACAGUGCCCAGCAGGACUCAGACCAUGAUGGCCAGGGUGAUGCCUGUGAUGAUGAUGAUGACAACGACGGGGUCCCCGACAGUCGGGACAACUGCCGCCUGGUGCCCAACCCAGGCCAGGAAGAUGUGGACCGGGACGGCGUGGGCGAUGCGUGCCAGGGAGACUUCGAUGCAGACAAGGUGGUGGACAAGAUCGAUGUGUGUCCGGAGAACGCUGAGGUCACCCUCACCGACUUCCGGGCCUUCCAGACGGUCGUGCUGGACCCCGAGGGCGACGCGCAGAUAGACCCCAACUGGGUGGUGCUCAACCAGGGGAUGGAGAUCGUGCAGACGAUGAACAGCGACCCUGGCCUGGCUGUGGGUUAUACCGCCUUCAAUGGCGUGGAUUUUGAAGGCACAUUCCACGUGAACACGGUCACGGAUGAUGACUACGCCGGUUUCAUCUUUGGCUACCAGGACAGCUCCAGCUUCUACGUGGUCAUGUGGAAGCAGAUGGAGCAGACUUAUUGGCAGGCAAACCCUUUCCGUGCGGUGGCAGAGCCUGGCAUCCAGCUCAAGGCUGUGAAGUCCUCCACAGGCCCUGGGGAGCAGCUUCGGAAUGCACUGUGGCACACAGGGGACACAGCAUCACAAGUGCGACUGCUGUGGAAGGACCCCCGCAACGUGGGCUGGAAGGACAAGACAUCCUACCGCUGGUUCCUGCAGCACCGGCCCCAAGUGGGCUACAUCAGAGUGCGUUUCUAUGAGGGCCCUGAGCUGGUGGCAGACAGUAAUGUGGUUUUGGACACGACCAUGCGUGGCGGCCGCUUGGGAGUCUUCUGCUUCUCCCAGGAGAACAUCAUCUGGGCCAACCUGCGCUACCGCUGCAACGACACCAUCCCCGAGGACUACGAAGUCCAGCGGCUGCUGCAGGCCUAGGGAAGGGGUGGGAACCCGCCACUGGAUGACAGCCACCCUCACAGCUGCCCUCACUGUGGCAGGCCAUCAGCACCGGCCGGAGGUGGAGGGAGAGGAGCUCAGAGAGGACAAAAUAAAGCAUGUGUGUGGCGGA